AUGCUGCCGAAAAGAAGGCCAAGGCUAUCGACAAAAUCAUUGGUGAAUGGAAACUCAAGGUUGAUGACCUUGCAGCUGAACUUGAUGCUAGCCAAAAGGAAUGCAGGAACUACUCGACUGAGCUCUUCAGAUGAAGUCAAGGAUCUCCUUGAUCAAAUUGGUGAGGGUGGACGCAACAUCCACGAAAUUGAGAAACAGAGGAAGAGGCUUGAAGUUGAAAAAGAUGAACUCCAAGCUGCUCUCGAAGAAGCUGAAGCCGCCCUUGAACAGGAAGAAAACAAAGUCCUCAGGGCUCAACUGGAACUUAGCCAAGUUAGGCAAGAAAUUGAUCGUCGCAUCCAGGAGAAGGAAGAAGAAUUUGAAAACACCAGAUACAUUCAUUCAAAUAAUAGUGUGUUGAAAAAUCACCAACGUGCCCUCGACUCUAUGCAAGCCAGUUUGGAAGCAGAAGCCAAGGGUAAGGCUGAGGCACUCCGCAUGAAGAAGAAACUGGAAGCUGACAUCAACGAACUUGAAAUCGCUCUUGACCAUGCCAACAAGGCUAAUGCUGAAGCUCAGAAAUCCAUCAAGAAAUACCAGCAACAACUUAAGGAUGUCCAGACCGCACUCGAGGAAGAACAAAGAGCUAGGGAUGAUGCCCGAGAACAACAUGGUAUUGCCGAAAGGCGAGCCAAUGCUCUUGGAAACGAACUCGAAGAAUCAAGAACUCUCCUGGAACAGGCAGACCACGGCCGUCGCCAGGCAGAACAAGAACUUACCGAUGCUCAAGAACAAAUCAACGAUAAUCGCAACCCAAUGAGGCCUCUGCUGGAUGGCUCAGCUUUUCCACCACGAUUCGACCUACACCAGGAUGACUUUUAAAUAUUAUUUAUGAUAGCUACGCAAAACAACCCAAACACAAUUAUGUAUUUAUUUUAAAAUAUGUAAUUUAAGAAUAUUGUGUUAAUGUCCAUAGCUAGUGUCCGCUAGCAUCGAAAUAAUAUUCACGAUUAGCGAACUGUACCUUAUUUCAAGAAAAUGGGAAAAAAAAGUUUUUAUGUACAGUAAGAACAUUAAAAAAACAAUAAGAAUAAAAUAUUUAUAUCGUGAAUAAUUCCAGUUGUAUUUAUUUCAUCCCAAUAAAUGAAAUAUAUAUAUAUUAAU